GGAAAUCUCAGCGCGGGCACAGGAACGCUAAUAAGGAAGCAUGAAGCAUUGAAACUAUGCAUCGAAGCGUUCCCUGGAAAACAAUCAAUUGCACUACGAAUCAUAGAGUUUGUCAAAUUGGAUUAUCGCGACAAACUUUAUCUUCAUUUCAUUUCCCUCUCCUUUACAGUUUGACACUUACCCAUGAACUGUAAGCAUGGCGCUUUUCUUUUGGUCGCUUCCCCAUCGACUAUACCUCUAAAUUCUGGUCCUAAGUCCGUAACUUUCCCAAAAUUUGGCCCAACCCCCUGUGCAUUCCUUCAGGCGAAGACGACCCUUUGGGUGGUGAAGAAGACGGGCCUUCAAAUUAGAGCUUCAGCUGGUGAUAAUGGUGGCACAACAAAUUGGUCUAAGUGGAUACCCACCAGCGCUCUCGCUGCUGAUAAAGUUCUCAGAUUGAUUGCAGGUGCCACUGCUAGCCCAAUUGGUCAGUACAUAGCUUCACCCACCACGUUUCUCCAUUCUAUAGACCCCCGAAUCAAAUUGGUAUGGGUUUUGGCUUUGGUUGUUCUGCCAGCAAGAUCACAUAUAGUCAUGCGCUUUGGAUUAGUUAUAUAUUUGACUCUGCUGUCAAUUUCAACUCUGCCAAAAGACGUUUGGGUGGAUCAAUUGGCAAGAGUGUAUUUACUCUCAGGAUUGUUAUUCAUAAUGUUAGGGCUUGGUUCAGAUGGUGUACCCCCACUCGUCCAGUCAAGAACCCCACCUCCUGCCAUGAUGGGUCUUCCUAAUCUUCCUGUAUCUUUAAGAGGUUAUUCUUAUGUAAUCAUGAAGUUAGGUCCGCUAACCUUUACAAGGAAAGGCUUAUCUGUUGCAAGCACCGCUGCAUGUUUAACUUUCAUUGUAUUUCAAAGUGCGAGCCUCUGCCUUGCAACCACAACCCCAGAACAACUAGCAUUUGCACUGCGAUGGUUUUUGCUCCCUCUAAGACACAUAGGCGUCUCUGUGUCAGAAAUUGUGCUUACCCUUCUGCUCUCAUUGAGAUUCGUCAGUCUAGUUUUUGAUGAGGUUCGGAAUGUUGCUUUGGGGAUUAUAUCUCGAAGGAUAAAUUGGAAACAGCUAACUGUUUUGGAGACAAUUGAUGUUUUUUUUAACUACUUCCGGCGCAUAUUCAAAAAUAUCUUCAGCCAUGCAGAGCAAAUUUCUCAGGCUAUGAUAGUCAGAGGUUUUAAAGGGGACAGUGGCUCUCAUAAGAUCUACUUCUUGUCUGAGUCAUCUCUCGGCAUGGCCGAUUUCUUAUCGCUGUUGUGUUUAACAGUUCUCAUAGGAGCAGCCAUCCUGUCUGAGCGCUACCUUGUCUAGUACAGGUGGAAAACGAUGGGGUCUCUCUGUGUGACAGAAGACAGAGCCACCCUACUUAAUUAUAUAGUUGCCCCGUGAGGAUGUUAAUUAAAGGGGCAUGUUGAUACAGAGGGGUAAAAAACUUUUAGACUAUGAGAGAAUUUGGAUUAGCAUUUUGGUUUCUGUUGGUUGAAUUUAUUCAAUUAUUUACUUGGUCUUUAUGAUAGUGUUUUUGAGCGUGUGCUUGCUCAACUUGUGUAUUCAACAUUUUACUCUCAUGUUUAGCACAGGUGAAAGAAUAAAUACAAGUCAGUGCAACUUCCAGUCUUAA